UGUCAAUUUAAACGUCCGAAGUGCAAUCAAAGCAGGUUUCAACCAUGCUGCGUGCCCACGUGUUCGUACCAUGAUCGCCAAGCACCCGACAUAACUUAUCAUUUUUUUCCCAAAAGACCAAUGCAUGCCAACGUGCGACACAAGUGGGUUGAGUUUAUCCGGGUGGCGAGAAACGAGAAAAACUGGGAACCUGAACCUGACGUUUCGAAAAUUUGCUCGAGACAUUUUCACCCAUCAGAUUUCCGGUUGAAUGCAGCACUCAGGACAAAUUUGAUCGUCACAGCGAUCCCUUCCCUUAAUUUGGGUUUCGUCGCAGAAAAUACUGAAAAAAAGGAGCAAAUCUCGGAACAUUGUACGAAAUUAGAUGACAGGCUUGACUACGAUGGGAGACGAAGUGCGGCAGAAAACAAGAUUGUAGUGGACCCUACCACCGAACAUGCUAAAAGAAUUAAAAUACAAGAUAUUCAAAUGGAGGACAAGAGAGAAGAAUAUGGCUCAACUCAAUCAGUCUGGAUUCUACGUGAUGGCGACAUCUUCCCGCAGCCUGUCGACAAUUUUGAAAUCGUGCCAAACACUUAUGAGUAUUCUAGUGAUGAGGAGGAGGAGGCCAUUGGUCCUGAUCCGCUCGAAGGGGUGGGUUAUGUCCCAGAUGAUGACACUCAAAAUCCACCUAAUUCCGCAACGGAUACCACCCCGGCAAAAAUUAAUUUGGCGGAAGUCGCCACGACAGUGAAUACAGCUCAGAACUACGCUUGCCGCACAACAUGUGUCGUACCUGGGUGCAAAUCACGUUACGGAGUAACUCCCGGAAUAUCAAUGUUCAGAUUCCCAAAAGCACCCGAAACACUUCAGAAAUGGUUGGACUUCACAAGAGGUUUAGUGAAUGACGAAAACUGGGUGCACAGUAAUUCUUCAACAGUGUGUUCAUUACAUUUCCAAGUGGGAACUCGUAGCCUUGGUGCUAGAAGUCGUUUACUUAGUUGCGCAUUUCCAACCUAUUGUGUUCACCCCAAUCCUAAUCCGGAAAGUUAAUAUUACCCACGACCAAUUUUCUGGGGUAAAAAUAGGGUUUUUCUUAAUAUUCGUCGUAGUUUUUUCGAUCAUCGGAUAUGGUUGAAAGUGGACCAGAUCAGAUUUCUAGGGAAUGAAAUACGUGUACAUUUAUAGGUUGUUAUUGUCAAUAAUUUAUUGAGCUACUUACAAAAUUUGUUCGUUUGUUAGGAUAGGAAUUUAUUGUCUUGUCAUGUAUGUUUUUCAUUAAGCUAAACCAUUACUAUUAUCAUGAUGCUAUUGAAAUUAAAAAUAUAAAGUUCGAAAAAAUAAAAGUAUACAAAAUUGACCACACCCACGA